GAAACUUUCCCUAGUGGAUGUAUGGUCUCCGAGACCGGAUUUUCAAGAAGUAUAAGGAUCUGAAUCAGAGAAUGAACCAUCCACCACCGCAAAUUAGUCCAUCAAUUUGGAGGGAGAUGGAAAUGAGUGAGAAGAAUAAAGGGAAUCGGGAGAAGAGUGAGCUUGCAGCCACUGGCGGUUCAGCACCGUUGGCCAAGUACAGACUUGAAGAGAUAAAACAAACUAGAAAAGAACCUGAUCCGAUCGAGAUGUUUAGACGUUUCCAUGUGAAGGACAAGAACUGGGUUUCGUCAAAAGCAAAAACCCUGCAUGAUGGAAUGAUACAAGCAGAGGCUGAAAAGGUAUCCCAAGGUGAAGAACCAAACAAAUUUGCCAUCUAUCAAGAAGUGAUCGGACCACAACGCCCAAAGCGUGUUCUAGGGAUGGGCCAUGGGGUGAGCUCGGUUGAUGUCUUCGGUCCCCCAUCAAGUCAAGGUAGUCAGGGUUGCAGAAAGCGUUGUCAGGAGGAUCGAACCAAAGAAAGGGGAAAAAAUGAUGAGAAAAUGAAGAAGUUGGAGGAUGAGAUCGUAGAUGUGAGGAAUGCAGUCCCUCACAUUGUUGAAUCUGUCUUGUAGAGAAGCAAAUGGGGAACAAGGUCGAGUUGGGGAAACUCAGGGUAACGAUGUGUAUGACGACGAGUCCGACGAGUCCGAUGAGGAGACUGCCGAGGAGACUACUGCUGAUGCAUGAAUUUCUUCUUAAUGCUAUCGUAGGAUUCUAAGUAUCGCUUGACUUUGGGAUAUUUUAUGUCAUUUUCGGAGGAUAUUUUGCCUUUUGAAGUUUGGAUGUUUGGUCGUUGCUGAUGGCUACUUAUUAGACAGUUGGAAAGUUAAUUUUGGAAUAUGCAUAACUUUGUUUGGAUGAUUUGUUCGUGUUGUCAUCACUAGAAGUGUAAUGGCGU